AUGGGUGAAUCAAUAUCUCCUAUGAAUGGCGGCAGCGGCACAUACAGUUACGCUAGAAACUCCACUUGGCAGAAAAAUGGGGCAGCUGCUAUGGAGAAUGCAUUGAAAGAGGCAGUGAUGGAGAGCCUUGAUCUACAAAACGUGUUGUGUGAUUCCAACACAUUCAUCGUCGCCGAUCUCGGAUGCUCGGUGGGGCCCAACACAUUCUACGCCAUGGACACCAUCAUCGAAGCCGUUCAACGCAAGUGUAACAAAAGUAGCCUCGAAUUCCAAGUUACUUUCAUCGAUAGAAUUGGCAACGAUUUCAACACUCUCUUCGCCUCUCUUCCUGAGCAUGGGAGGAACAGGAACUACUUUGCGGCGGCCGUCCUUGGCUCCUUCUACGGCAGCCUGUUCCCCUCCUCUUCGGUCCACAUCGCCUACUCCUCGUCCGCGCUCAACUGGCUGUCCAAGAUGCCCGAGGGCUCUAAUGCUACUAAAAUCCAUUACAAUGGGGCCCCCGAUGCGGUGGUGAGAGCUUAUGAAACACAGUUCGAGGAAGACAUGGAGGUGUUCUUCAGAUGCAGAGCUCGGGAGAUUGCGGCCGGAGGGCUGAUGCUGUUUAACAUGGCCGCUGCGCCUAGCAGAGACGUGCAACAUCAUGUAGCUUCGAUGCUUACUUUUAUCGAGUCCAUCCUCAUCGACAUGGUAAAAGAGGUAUAUAUUGUUUUUGCUUUAAGAAAAAUGUAA